AUGUGUAAGGCUGAAGCAGAACUGGAGCCACAGUCGGAUGAAAAAGAGAAGUUUGAGCCUACCGUGUUUAGAGAUACAAUCAUUCAGGGGCUCAAUGAAGCUGGGAGUGACCUGGAUGCUGUAGCCAAGUUUCUGGACGUUGCAGGGUCAAGACUAGAUUAUCGUCGCUAUGCAGACACCCUCUUCGAUAUCCUCAUUGCUGGGAGCAUGCUUGCUCCCGGAGGGACGCGUAUGGACGAUGGGGACAGGAGCAAGGUGACCGAGCACUGCGUGUUCGCUGCUGCCGAGAGUCACGCCGCGGUGCGCGGCUACGCUCAGGUCUUCAAUAAGCUAAUCAGGAGAUACAAAUACCUAGAAAAAGCAUUUGAAGAAGAAAUCAAAAAGCUGCUCCUGUUCCUGAAAGCCUUCAGUGAGUCCGAACAAACGAGACUGGCAGCGCUUACAGGGAUCCUCCUGGCACACGGAACCCUCCCUGCCACCAUUCUGACCAGCCUCUUCAGUGACAACCUUGUCAAAGAAGGAAUCUCCGCUUCCUUCGCUGUGAAGUUAUUUAAAGCCUGGAUGGCUGAGAAGGAUGCCAAUGCAGUUACCUCAGCUUUAAGAAAAGCCAACUUGGAUAAAAAGCUACUGGAGCUGUUCCCAGCCAACAAGCAGAAUGUUGAGCACUUUACAAAAUACUUCAAUGAUGAAGGUUUAAAAGAGCUCUCCGAUUUCCUGCGUGUCCAGCAGUCUCUGGGGACCAGAAAGGAGCUGCAGAAGGACUUACAGGAGCGUCUCUCUCAGGAAUGUCCCAUCAGGGAGAUGGUUCUGUACCUUAAAGAGGAGAUGAAGAAGAACGAGCUGCAGGAGCAGGCUGUCAUAGGUCUCCUGUGGACCUGUGUAAUGAAUGCCGUGGAGUGGAAUAAGAAAGAGGAGCUGGUUACAGAACAGGCACUGAAACACUUGAAGCACUAUGCUCCAUUGCUUGCUGUCUUCAGUACCCAAGGCCAGUCAGAGCUCAUUCUGCUCCAGAAGAUUCAGGAGUACUGCUAUGAUAACAUACAGUUUAUGAAGUCCUUCCAUAAGAUUGUGGUCCUUUUUUACAAAGCCGAUGUCCUGAGUGAGGAAGCCAUUCUGAAGUGGUAC